AUGGAGCCAUCCACCAGCGCUGAAGCUGCUGCCGCAGCUGCUGUUGGACCCGAUCCACGGCUCGAACUGAUGGGCUCCUUUGUGAUCAAAUCACUCAAAUUAAAACCUGAAAAAUGGACACGCGUCAUAACGGUGGAAGAACACAAAGCCAUAAUAAAGGAAUUUCUAGAUCGUCCCAUACCGAUGGUGCUGGUUAUUAUACUCACACAAGCCGCUCAAUUGGUACCAUCCACUACCUUUCCCCUCUCACAACUGAAAAGCAAGGGUGUGUACUUCAUUAAGAAACAUCCACAGCCUGUGCCACGUGAGGAAUGUGGCAAUUUUAUCAUUUUCGGUGACUUGGCUACACGCACCAUCGAUCAGCUAUCGGCGUUGGUUGAGGAGGUGCUUGUACCAUUGCUCUCCAAUGAUGUCAACUACAAGUCGUGGCCCACAAUGGUUGCACAGGAUGUGCAAAAGCAUGUGCAUAGCUUGAAGAGCACUGUGCAUCAGGUGAAGGGGCAGGUGAGUGGUGAGACCAUACUCGCUAUGCCGGUGGGUGUGGAGUUGAUUGUCAAAUUGGCGGCUAAAUUGAAUGGACCGCGGCGCAUAGCAAUCGAUUUGUAUUUGAAAAGUGCUAUCGAGGGUGUGGUCAUCAAGUGGGCGGAACAAAUACAUGAAGUCAUCAAAGAGAAUCCUUCGAAUGCGUUUCAAAAUAAACAAAACCCAACGCCACAUGUUGAAAUUGCUUUCUGGAAUAAUCGCCUCAAAAAUUUGUCCUUCAUAUUCGAUCAAUUGCGCGGUGAACGAAUACGCGCUAUGGCUUUAGUGCUGGAAUACACCAAUAGUGCAUAUCAUCCAUGCUUUCAGGGCAUAUUCAAGAAUGUGGUAACAGCGCUGGCCGAAGCGAAAGACAUAACGCUCUAUCUUAACCCAUUGAAGCGUCUUAUACAAAUGCUGGAAGAGAUUGAUUUUGCUGAAUGCAAACCGUUACUUAUACCGUUAAUGUAUGUGGUCUGCACGAUGUGGGGUAAUUCACGUUAUUACAGUAACUCUUCGAAGAUAACGGUGUUGCUGAAACAAAUCUGUAAUCUAAUUAUACACCAGGCCAAGCGUUUUCUCGAUCCCUCUUCCAUAUUUCACAGCGAUAUUGACGAAGCUAUGCAACGACUCACACAAUCCAUACAAAUCUUGAAGUUCUUUCGCGAACUUUUCGAUUACUACAAAGAACAUUUGGCUGAAUUCUUUCCCGAGCCGGAGGAGAGACCACCGAUUCUCUGGACUUUUCAUCCCAAUUCCGUUUUCAAUCGCUUUAAUGCCUUUCUGGAGCGUUUAACAACAAUACAAUGGUUUUUCUUUACGGUGAUUGAAUUCUUGAAAUUAGAGAAAGUAGAGAUCGGUGGCCUACGCGGCCGGCAAUUGAGUACACGCAUCACUGCUGUCUAUGUCGAGUUUAAUCAGUACUUUACCGCAUUCGCCUCCAAGUCCUACGAUGUGCUCGAUCCCGACGAUCAUGAAUUUGACGAGGAUUUCAAGGACUUUCAAACACACAUUUUGGAAUUGGAUAUGAAAUUGGCUGCGAUCUUGUGUCAAGCAUUCGAUGACUGUCACAAUUUGGAGAGCAUGUUCAAGCUUAUAAAUAUUGUGGGCAGCGUAAUCGAUCGUCCAAAAAUUAAGGAGCAAUUUACACAGCGAUAUACAGAAAUUGUACAAAUGCUCGAAGUGGAAAUGACCACCUGUGAGGAUAUAUUCUACAAGCAACUGGAUUUACAGCAAGUGAAUAAAAAUUUAUAUCCCGAUUAUAAUUGUCCACCAGUAGCGGCUUUCAUACGUUGGUGCAAUCAACUGGAAGCGCGCAUUAGUACGCCUAUGAAACAUUUUCAAAAACUACAACACGAUAUCACCAAAUCCGAGAUGGCCCUUGAUAUCUAUACACGCUACGAACGCUUGAUGCGCCGUCUGGGCAUACACAAAACGUGUGCUUUCGAAGAAUGGAGUGAAAAGUUGCCAGAGCAAAUCGAAAUGAAUCUAAAAGUUUCGCUCAUAGCACGCGAUCCCAAUAGCAAUUCGUUGAUUUUAAAUUUCAGUCCAGAGCUCUUUAGUAUUCUGCGUGAGGUGCAUUAUUUGAAGCAAAUGGCUGUGGAGGGUAUACCGGAAAUUGCUUUGGAUUUUGCUGAGAAAAAUGAAACGUUCCGCACUUAUACAUUGAAUUUGGAGAAGACUAUAGACUGGUAUAACACUAUACAGGAAAAUAGUUCUCCGGUUGAAUUGCAGCUGAUCGAAUCGGAAAUAAAACAAAUCGAUGACUUGGUGGUGAUUGGUGUCAACGAAUUGGUAUGGAAUUCAGACGAUAUCACCACAUAUCUAAACAACCUUCGUACUCCCGUCGCGGCAUUGCAAAAUCGCAUGCAUCAUACCCAAAGUAAUCUAAAACAAAUCAGUCAACUCAUGUCUGUUUGGGCAAAACAACCGCUCUUUGAGCGUAGAGAUUCUAAAAAGGAUACCGUGCUUUGCAUUGACGAGCGGCCAGACCGCACAGCAAAACGUUAUGCGGAAAUACAAGCCGCCUCUGUAGAGAUACAUAAAUUGCUUGAGGAUAAUAUGUUACAGUUCAAUAUGGUUAAUAGGCAGGAAGAUGAGAUUUGGUUGAACUAUGUGAACUUUGUGGAUAAUAUUGUAUAUGAGAACAUAUUGAAGACGGUAGGUGUGAGCGUGGGCUAUCUAGCAGAAAAUAUGGAUGCCGACAACAAUUGUGCGCCACUUUUCGAAUCUCGCUUGGAAUUAGUCGAGCCGAAUUUAGUAUUUGUGCCUUCGCUUGAUCCCGCAGAUCCGAUGGGUUUUAACAACAUGUUGAUAGAGCUGAUGCGCGACAUAAUGAAAAUGGCUACGCUGAUAAAGCGGUUGAAGAAAAAUGAAAAACGUAAUUAUGGUGAUAUGGUUAAGGAAAACCAGGACAUCAUUGAUAUGCGUCGCGAGAUUUUGAAUGGCGUCGAUCGCGUUAUGGAGGAAGCAUCGCUCUUCUGUCGCCAAUUCGAGCGUUACUCUUACCUUUGGCUCGACGAUCGACAAGAAUGCAUGGAAUAUUUCCUAGAGUAUGGACGCAUAUUAGAUGUGGAGGAAAUUGAUUUGGUGCUGAUGAAAGAACCGGGCGCACCGGAGCCAUGUCCGCCCACCAUCGAGGCUUUCCGCGAACAAAUCGACAACUACGAAUCGCUGUUUAAUGAAAUCGAAGAUAUUGCACCAUUUCAAAUUUUCAAUGCCUGGUUUCAAGUCGAUGUGCGCCCCUUUAGACAAGCGCUGUUGAAUACAGUUUGCAAGUGGGGCAAUAUGUUUAAGGAGCAUCUGGUGAACACCGUCACGAAUAAUCUAAUGGAUUUGAGUGGUUUCAUACGAAAGGCAGACGAAGGUCUGCUGCAGACUGUUAAGGAGGGCGAUUACGCUGGACUCGUCAGCAUUAUGGCUUUUCUGAUGCAGGUUAAGGAGCGCGCUGUUAAGACGGACAACAUGUUCGAACCCAUGCAAGAGACCAUACAGCUGCUGAAAUACUUCGACAUGGACAUACCGGAGGAGGUAAAUGUUCUGCUGCAAGAGCUGCCCGAGCAAUGGGUCAACACGAAGAAGAUUGCGAUGACCGUGAAGCAACAGGUGUCGCCCUUGCAGGCUACCGAAGUGGUGCGCAUACGCAAUAAGGUUGCCGAGUUUGAGACGCACACUCAGCUAUUCCGGGACAUCUUCAAACAUUAUAAAUUCUUCCGAUUUGAUUGUCACCAGCCCUAUUUGCUGAUUGAUCGCAUAAACGAUGACAUACAUCGGCUGGAAUGCGAAAUGCGCGACAUACAGGAGUCGGGUAGUCUGUUCGAGGUUAAUAUACCCGAGUUUAAGGCAUUGAAGCAAUGCCGCAAGGAGUUGCGUAUGUUGAAGCUGAGUGGGGUGCCCCAUUAUGUUAAUAUUUUAAGAACCACUCAGGUGAAAUUUAUUAUGGAUCAUGAAACUACACUCGCCGAACUUUUGGGUCUCAAUCUGCAUGAGUGCGAGGAAGAGGUCAAAAAUAUCGUCGACAAGGCGGUGAAGGAAAUGUCGAUGGAGAAAAUUUUACGUGACUUGCACACCACUUGGUCUACGAUGGAAUUCGAUCAUGAACUGCAUCCACGCACCGGCUGUAAUCUCCUCAAGGCAUCGGAGGAACUCAUAGAGACUCUCGAAGAUAAUCAGGUCUGCUUACAAAAUCUGAUAACAUCGAAGUACAUUGCGCACUUCCUUGAGGAGGUGUCAACAUGGCAGAGCAAACUGAUGGUCGCCGAUCAGGUGAUCACCGUCUGGUUUGAGGUGCAACGCACUUGGACCCAUCUCGAAAGUAUCUUCAUGAGUUCCGAAGACAUACGUAAGCAAUUGCCAGUCGACUCGGAUCGUUUCGAUCGCAUCGACGCUGAAUUUCGCAUACUAAUGGACGAGAUGUCUGUAUCGUCGAAUGUUGUAGCAUCGACAAAUCGACCCGGGUUGAUCGAACGCUUGGAACACCUGCAGAAGGAGCUUACAUUGUGCGAGAAGGCACUGGCAGAGUAUUUGGAAACGAAACGUUUAGCUUUUCCUCGUUUUUACUUUGUAUCAUCGGCCGAUCUGCUCGAUGUGCUGAGCAAUGGCAUUCAGCCAGAUAUGGUCACCAAACAUUUGACCAAGCUGUUUGAUUCUAUAGCACGCUUAAAAUUUAAUCGCGACGAGUCGAACGAAAUCGACACAGCUUCGGGUAUGUAUGCCAAAGAUGGUGAAUAUGUGGAAUUCAAUGAAUUGGCGAGUAUACGCGGACCGGUGGAGGUUUGGCUGAAUCGCAUCCAGGCGGCCAUGCGUGCCUCGCUACGUCAUUACGUUUCCGAAGCUGUGGUCGCGUAUGAGGAAAAGCAACGUGAACAAUGGUUAUUCGACUAUCCUGCACAGGUGUCGCUCUGUGGAUCGCAAAUCUGGUGGUCCACGGAGGUGAACAUUGCCUUCGGUCGUUUGGAGGAAGGUUACGAUAAUGCCAUCAAGGACUACUACAAGAAGCAGAUCUCUCAGUUGAGCUUGCUCAUCACACUAUUACUGGGUGAGCUGACCAAGGGAGAUCGCCAAAAGAUCAUGACUAUUUGCACAAUUGAUGUACAUUCGCGCGAUGUGGUCGCCAAAAUGAUCCAAGCCAAGCUGGAUUCGGGUUCGGCGUUUAUGUGGCAAUCACAAUUGCGACAUCGCUACGACGAAGGUGAAAAGGAUUGCUUUGCAAACAUUUGCGACGCAGAGUUUCAGUAUUCGCAUGAAUAUUUGGGUAACACACCGCGUUUGGUCAUUACACCGCUUACUGAUCGUUGUUACAUUACGCUGACGCAGUCGCUGCAUUUGAUUAUGGGUGGUGGCCCAGCUGGACCAGCAGGUACGGGUAAAACCGAAACCACCAAGGAUUUAGGACGGGCGCUGGGCAUUAUGGUGUACGUCUUCAACUGUUCCGAACAAAUGGACUAUCAGUCGUGUGGUAAUAUUUACAAAGGAUUAGCGCAAACUGGUGCCUGGGGCUGCUUCGAUGAAUUCAACCGCAUCACAGUGGAGGUGCUCUCCGUGGUGGCGGUACAAGUGAAAUCUGUACAAGAUGCGAUACGCGACAAGAAAGAGAAGUUCAAUUUUAUGGGUGAAAUGAUCAGUUGUGUGCCCACGGUGGGUAUAUUCAUUACCAUGAACCCAGGCUAUGCUGGUCGCACAGAGUUGCCGGAAAAUCUGAAAGCACUAUUUAGGCCUUGCGCUAUGGUAGUGCCGGACUUUGAGCUAAUUUGUGAAAUAAUGUUGGUGGCUGAGGGUUUUCAAGAUGCCCGCGUGUUGGCUAGAAAGUUCAUAACACUCUAUACACUAUGCAAGGAGUUGCUCUCCAAGCAGGAUCACUACGACUGGGGACUGAGGGCAAUUAAGUCGGUGCUGGUCGUUGCCGGGUCGUUGAAGCGCGGCGAUCCUGGUCGUCCCGAGGAGGAGGUGCUCAUGCGCGCCUUGCGUGACUUUAAUAUACCCAAAAUCGUCACAGAUGACAUGCCUGUCUUUAUGGGUCUCAUAAGCGAUCUAUUUCCCGCUUUGGAUGUACCACGAAAACGCGAUCAAGAUUUCGAACGUACGGUUAAGCAGGCCGCUUCCGAUUUGCUACUACAACCAGAAGACAAUUUCAUAUUGAAAGUGGUACAGUUGGAGGAGUUGCUAGAAGUGCGCCAUUCCGUUUUUAUUGUCGGCAAUGCCGGUACUGGCAAGACACAAGUGUGGAAAACACUAUUGCGCACCUAUCAGAAUAUCAAAAGAAAACCAAUUUUUAAUGAUUUAAAUCCAAAAGCUGUGACCAACGAUGAACUCUUCGGUAUCAUCAAUCCGGCGACACGUGAAUGGAAGGAUGGCUUGUUUUCUGUGAUAAUGCGAGAUCAAGCAAACAUAACGGGUGAUCAGCCCAAAUGGAUUGUGCUCGAUGGCGAUAUCGAUCCCAUGUGGAUUGAAAGCUUGAAUACCGUUAUGGACGAUAACAAAGUCUUAACUUUGGCCAGUAACGAGCGCAUUGCGCUGACGCCUUCGAUGCGCUUGCUUUUUGAGAUUUCCAAUUUGAGAACAGCCACUCCAGCAACAGUCUCCAGGGCGGGUAUACUCUAUAUAAAUCCGCAAGAUUUGGGUUGGAAUCCUUAUGUCAGCAGUUGGGUGGAAACGCGCAAGAUACCAUCCGAGAAGUCUAACUUAGUCAUGUUAUUCGAUAAAUAUAUUCCAGCCUCACUGGAGACGAUACGCACACGCUUCAAGAAAAUCACGCCUAUCGCCGAAAUGGCACACAUACAAAUGUUAUGUCACUUGUUGGAAUGUUUCUUGACGCCUACGAACACACCAGCCGAUUGUCCAAAAGAAUGGCACGAACUGUAUUUCGUUUUUGCUUGUGUUUGGGCAUUCGGAUCGGCUAUGUUCCAGGAUCAAGCGAUCGACUAUCGAGUCGAAUUCAGCAAAUGGUGGGUAAAUGAGUUCAAAACUGUUAAGUUUCCGCAAGGUGGCACCGUCUUUGACUACUUUCUUGAUACCGAAACCAAAACCUUCCUCCCCUGGACCGAAAAAAUACCAAAAUUCGAAUUAGAGUCCGAUCUACCGCUGCAAGCAGUGUUGGUGCAUACCUCUGAAUCUAUACGCGUACGCUUCUUCCUCGAAUUACUUAUGAAUAUGCGACAUCCCGUCAUGUUGGUUGGUACCGCCGGUUGUGGUAAAACGGUACUCGUCAAUGAAAAACUACAGGCACUCAAUGAGAAUUAUGCGGUCACUACGAUACCCUUCAACUACUACACCACCUCAGAAAUGCUGCAGAAGAUAUUGGAGAAGCCACUGGAGAAGAAAGCGGGCCGCAACUAUGGCCCACCAGGUAAUAAGACGCUCAUCUAUUACAUUGACGACAUGAAUAUGCCGGAAGUGGACUGCUACGGUACGGUACAACCGCACACUAUUAUUCGUCAACAUUUGGACUAUGGACAUUGGUAUGAUCGCAACAAGUUGUCGUUGAAGGAUAUACACAACUGUCAGUAUGUGGCAUGCAUGAAUCCAACAGCUGGUAGUUUUACCGUCAAUCCACGUCUCCAGCGGCAUUUCUGUGUGUUGGCUGUGAGCUUUCCAAGUGGUGAUUCGAUCACAUCGAUCUUUGCAACGAUCUUGUCACAGCAUUUUGCAAAUGCUGAACAAAAGUUUAAUCCGAUAGUGACGCGCAUGACAUCUAACAUUGUUGCCGCAACACUGGCGCUGCAUAACAAAGCUACACAAAUAUUCUUACCAACAGCCAUAAAGUCGCAUUACAUCUUCAAUUUGAGAGACAUUAGCAAUGUGUUUCAAGGCCUCCUAUUUAGCACAGCCGAUUGUUUAACAAGUUCAUCUGAUCUCAUACGGCUAUGGCAACAUGAGACCCAACGUGUUUAUGGUGAUAAGCUGAUUGACGAAAAAGACAUCGAUAGUUUUACCAAGAUGCAGCAUGAUAUUGUGAAGAAGUCUUUCGAGGAGAUUGACGAGUCAGUGAUAUUUGAUAAACCCAAUAUAUACUGUCAUUUCGCUGGAGGAAUUGGUGAACCCAAGUACAUGCCCGUCAUGGGCUGGACUGAGCUUCACAAACUCCUUCAGGAAGCAAUGGCAUCGUACAACGAUCUCGUGGCGGCUAUGAAUUUAGUGCUCUUCGAGGAUGCCAUGAUGCAUGUGUGCAGAAUAAAUCGCAUAUUAGAGUCACCGCGAGGCAGCGCGCUGCUGGUCGGUGUCGGUGGCAGUGGUAAGCAGUCAUUAUCACGCUUAGCCGCUUUCAUAUCCAGCUUGGAAGUGGUACAAAUACAACUCAAAAAGGGUUAUGGCAUUAAUGAUUUGAAGAAUGAAUUUUCCGGUUUGUAUCUGAAAGCCGGUUUAAAGAAUGUCGGCAUAAUGUUCCUCAUGACCGAUGCACAAAUACCCAGCGAGGAUUUUUUGGUGCUCAUCAAUGACAUGCUCUCUACUGGUGAGAUUCCCGAUCUCUUCCCAGAUGAUGAAAUCGAAAACAUUAUCGCAGGCGUGCGAAACGAAGUGAAAGGCGCUGGAAUGGUAGACUCACGCGAGAAUUGUUGGAAAUUCUUUAUAGAUCGCGUACGCAAGCAAUUGAAGAUUGUGCUUUGUUUUUCGCCCGUUGGCUCGACGUUGCGCGUGCGUUCACGUAAAUUUCCCGCAAUCAUAAAUGCCACGUCCAUCAAUUGGUUCCAUGAAUGGCCACAAGAAGCGCUUAUUUCGGUGGCAAUGAACUUUUUGUCCCUGAAUAAAGUCUUACCCGAGACUCAUCGUGACUCCGUGGCUAAAUUUAUGGCUUAUGUGCACACCUCAGUAAAUGCCACCUCGAAAGUGUACCUACAAACCGAGCGUCGCUACAAUUACACGACACCGAAGAGCUAUCUGGAGCAGAUUAGUCUCUACUUGAAAUUAUUGAAUCACAAACACGACGACUUACAAAGUAAGAUCGUACGCUUGGAGAAUGGUUUGGAGAAGUUGCGUUCCACGGCUGUGCAAGUGGCAGAUUUAAAAGUGAAGUUAGCUGUACAAGAAGUAGAAUUGAAGGAGAAAAAUGAAGCUGCCGACGCGCUCAUCGAAAUCGUUGGCAUCGAAACGGAAAAGGUGCAAACCGAGAAGGCGGUUGCCGAUGAGGAGGAGAUGAAGGUGGCGCUUAUAGCCGACGAGGUUAGCAAAAAACAGAAAGACUGUGAAGAGGAUUUGCUGAAAGCAGAGCCUGCUUUGACUGCAGCGCAGGAAGCGCUCAACACCCUAAACAAGGCAAAUUUAACCGAGCUCAAGUCGUUCGGCUCACCACCCGGCGCCGUGACUAAUGUAACCGCAGCGGUCAUGGUGCUGCUAGCACCUGGUGGCAAACUACCCAAGGAUCGUUCAUGGAAAGCGGCUAAAAUAUCGAUGGCCAAGGUUGAUGCAUUCCUUGACGCUCUCAUCAAUUACGACAAAGAAAAUAUCCAUCCGGAAAUUAUAAAAGCCAUACAACCGUAUUUAAAAGAUCCCGAAUUCGAGCCGGAAUUCGUACGCUCCAAGUCGGGCGCUGCAGCGGGUCUCUGCGCUUGGGUCAUAAACAUUAUCAAAUUCUACGAGGUAUACUGCGAUGUAGAGCCCAAACGUAAGGCACUGGCAGCAGCGAAUGCUGAGUUGGCUGCAGCUCAGGAGAAGUUAUCGGGCAUUAAGCGAAAAGUUGCGAACCUCGAGGAACAACUGGCAAAACUAACAGCUGACUUCGAACAGGCCACUGCUGAUAAGUUACGCUGUCAACAGGAAGCUGAUGCAACGCAAGCCACAAUUGCGCUCGCCAAUCGGCUGGUUAAUGGGUUAGCUAGCGAGAAUGUGCGCUGGGCCGAAGCGGUGAAUAGCUUUGUGAAACAAGGCAUUACCUUGCCCGGCGACAUUCUGCUCAUUACCGCCUUCAUCUCAUAUGUGGGCUGCUUUACCAAACAGUUUCGCAUUGAUCUAUUGCAAAAGAUGUGGACACCAUUUUUGAAAAGCAUCGAUCCACCCAUACCAACUACUGAGAAUUUAGAUCCACUCUCAUUGCUAACAGACGAUACUACAAUUGCCAUAUGGACCAAUGAGGGUUUGCCAAGCGACCGUAUGUCCAUUGAGAAUGCUACGAUCCUGUCGAAUUCGGAUCGUUGGCCGCUAAUGAUCGAUCCACAGCUUCAAGGCGUCAAGUGGAUUAAACAAAAAUAUGGUGAAGAAUUAAAAGUGAUACGUUUGGGUCAACGCAGCUACUUGGAUAUUAUAGAAUUAGCUAUAACUAAGGGGUGCAUAGUGCUUAUCGAAAAUAUAGAUGAGAACUUGGAUCCAGUGCUGGAUUCACUGCUUGGCAGAAAUCUAAUAAAGAAGGGCAAGGCCAUCAAAAUUGGUGAUAAGGAAAUCGAGUAUAACUCAAACUUCCGCUUAAUAUUGCACACAAAAUUAGCAAACCCCCAUUACAAGCCAGAAAUGCAGGCUCAAAGUACUUUGAUUAACUUUACCGUCACACGCGAUGGUCUGGAGGAUCAAUUGUUGGCCGAAGUUGUGAAGGCAGAACGUCCUGAUCUGGAAGAACUUAAAGCCGAAUUAACAAAGCAACAAAAUGAUUUCAAAAUUAUGCUGAAAAAACUUGAAGAUGAUCUGCUUUCAAGAUUAUCUUCAGCAGGUGAAAAUAUUUUGGGUGAUACAGCGCUCGUGGAAAAUUUAGAAACCACUAAGAGUACAGCAUCUGAAAUUGAGCAGAAGGUAGCUGAAGCUAAGAUAACUUCAAAGGAAAUCGAUAAGGCUCGCGAAUAUUAUCGUCCAGCAGCGGCUAGAGCAAGUUUACUCUACUUCAUACUAAACGAACUGAAUACAAUUAAUCCAAUUUAUCAAUUCUCGCUUAAGGCUUUUAGUGUAGUUUUCCAAAAGGCCAUUGCACGCGCCGAUCCCGGCGAAACUUUAGAUGCACGUGUUUCUAAUCUAAUCGAUUGUAUAAGUUAUUCCGUAUUUCAAUACACUUCGAGAGGUCUAUUCGAAUGCGAUAAGCUCAUAUUCGCAUCGCAAAUGGCUUUUCAGAUACUUUUGAUGAACGAGGAGAUUACAUCUACGGAACUGGACUUUUUACUCCGCUUCCCGAUUAAACCGCACGUCACAAGUCCCGUGGACUUUCUAUCUAACCAAUCGUGGGGCGGAAUAUGCAGUCUAGCGUCUAAAGAUGAAUUCCGUAACCUCGAUCGUGAUAUAGAAACUUCGUCGAAACGCUGGAAGAAGCUGGUGGAGUCCGAGGCGCCUGAAAAGGAGAAAUUCCCGCAGGAAUGGAAGAACAAGACGGCGCUGCAGCGACUCUGCAUGAUACGUGCACUCAGACCGGAUCGCAUGACCUAUGCGCUGGCCGAUUUCAUAGCUGAAAAACUUGGCAACAAAUAUGUGGAGAGUCGCGCAAUGGAAUUCUCCAAGUCCUUUGAGGAGACCAGUCCUUCUACACCCAUAUUCUUUAUAUUAUCGCCGGGUGUAAACCCGUUGAAGGACGUUGAGGCGCUUGGCAAGCUAAUGGGUUUCACCAUGGAUCUGGGUAAUUUUCACAACGUUUCGCUGGGUCAGGGUCAAGAGGUUAUUGCCGAGGCUGCUAUGGAUACGGCAGCCAAAAAUGGUCACUGGGUUGUAUUACAAAAUAUACAUUUGGUGCGUAAAUGGUUGCCAGUAUUGGAAAAGAAAUUGGAAUUCUAUGCAGAAGGAUCGCAUCCAGAUUAUCGCAUGUUCUUAAGUGCCGAACCGGCUUCGUCACCCUCAGCGCACAUUAUACCACAGGGCAUACUAGAGUCCUCCAUUAAAAUCACCAAUGAACCGCCGACAGGAAUGUUGGCCAAUCUGCACAAAGCACUUGACAACUUCACACAGGAAACACUGGAAAUGUCUGGCAAAGAGGCCGAAUUUAAGGCCAUACUCUUUUCACUCUGCUACUUCCAUGCCGUCGUAGCUGAGCGGCGCAAAUUCGGACCACAAGGCUGGAACAAGAUCUAUCCAUUCAAUGUUGGCGACUUAAACAUCAGCGUUUCGGUGUUGUAUAACUAUCUCGAGGCUAAUGCUAAAGUGCCUUGGGAAGAUCUGCGUUAUCUAUUCGGUGAGAUCAUGUACGGCGGCCACAUAACCGACGACUGGGAUCGUCGUUUGUGUAUCACCUAUCUGGAGGAGUACAUGCAACCAGAUCUAGUAGAUGGUGAGCUCUUUUUGGCGCCCGCUUUUGCAGCACCACCAAAUACCGAUUACGCCGGCUAUCACACCUAUGUCGAUGAAAUGAUGCCAGCCGAAUCACCCUACCUGUAUGGCCUACAUCCGAAUGCGGAAAUCGGCUUCCUAACCACGCGCGCUGAGAACAUUUUCCGCACGGUAUUUGAAAUGCAACCACGUGAUGCAGGCGCAAGUGGUGGUGCCACUGUCACCCGAGAGGACAAGGUGAAGCAAAUUGUCGAUGAAAUAAUGGAGAAGUUACCCGAAGAAUUCAAUAUGGUAGAGAUUAUGAACAAGGUGGAGGAACGCACACCCUAUGUGAUUGUGGCAUUUCAGGAGUGCGAGCGCAUGAAUUAUCUGACAAGCGAGAUGAAGCGCAGCUUGAAGGAAUUGGAUUUGGGUUUGAAGGGUGAGCUCACCAUCACCUCCGACAUGGAAGUAUUAGAGAAUUCGCUCUUCUUGGAUCAAGUGCCACCAGUGUGGACGCAGCGCGCAUAUCCAUCACUACUGGGCUUGAAUUCAUGGUUCAUUGAUCUGUGUUUGCGGUUACGUGAAUUGGAAACAUGGUCCACUGAUUUUGUGCUUCCUUCCUGUGUUUGGCUGGCCGGGUUUUUCAAUCCACAAUCGUUGCUCACCGCAAUUAUGCAGAGCACUGCACGCCGCAACGAAUUGCCGUUGGAUAAAAUGUGCCUGCAAUGUGAUGUGACCAAAAAGCAAAAGGAGGAUUUCACCACGGCACCACGCGAAGGCGCUUACGUUCAUGGUAUAUUUAUGGAAGGCGCCAGAUGGGAUAUACAGCAGGGAAUUAUCAUGGAAUCGCGACUGAAAGAGCUCUAUCCUCCAUUGCCAGUCAUCAAUAUACGGGCCAUUACACAGGAUAAACAAGAUUUGCGCAACAUGUACGAAUGCCCUUUGUAUAAGACGCGCACGCGCGGUCCCACUUAUGUUUGGACCUUUAACCUAAAAACCAAGGAUAAGCCUGGCAAAUGGACACUAGCUGGCGUUGCUUUACUGCUACAAACAUGAAUUAUUUUAUCUUAAACUAAACCAUUAUGAAAGUAGCGAAAA